AUGGAUACCCCUACAUGCCCCCCGCCGCGGGACGACCGCGAGAAGGAGAUUCUCGAUAAGCUGGUUACGAUCCGCGACAGACUUCUGCUCCUGAAGCAGGAUCGUACCACUUAUAUUCGAAGCCAGGACGUUCUCCCGCUCUACGAAGAGACGAUCGAGCAGGUUCGCCUGCUCAAUGAAGCCCGGACGUCUGACCGAAGGGAGGAGAAUAGAGUGGACAGAGUCUUGGAGAGCUGCUUCCAACUACUUUCGCUCUUUUUCAUGACCAUCGGACGAAACAACGAAGCUCCAGCUGCCUAUGCCCUGACCUCGACCGUCCGAAGAUUGUUGGACCACCUCACCGAAGUCGACUUGUAUUCCAUCAAGGACUUGGAGAGCAUCUCACACACCCUGACAAAGCUCGAGCAGAAUGUCAAGACUACCGAGACCGAGUACCCUCCAUAUCUCAUCACCCUGCUUUCGAACCGGCUGGAGCUCUGUGACAAGUCUCUGGCAAACCUUCGGAAGCGAUUGGAGCGAUUCGAGGACCCCCUGCCAAAGACAUAUGAGAAGCUGAUCUCUAUCCUGAGAUCCAUGUCUCUGGCGAACACCCGAACAAAGUUCUCGCCAUCAGAGGUCCAGAAGCUGCAAGCUCAAUUGCGGGAGAUCGAGGAGAAGAGACAGGAGGGCAAGCUGCUGACUGCGGACGGAAAGACGCCCGGCGGAUUUGAUGAGGUGACCGCUUUGCUGGAGAAAUGCCUCUUGUGGUCUGAUUUCGUUCUUCAGAGGAAAGGAGUAAUUCCCGACUCUUUCAAGCCAACAUACGACAUCUUAUUCCGCAUUCGCAACGAGCUGGAGAAACUCUCGAUCACGCAAGCAUGGUCCCUUCGAGAGGCGGAUCUCUUCGACUUCCAGAGACAGUUGGACAAGAUCGACGAGAGCCGAAUCGACGGCAACUGGGUGGAUGACGAAGGCAAGCCUGCAGAGCUCUACGUUCAGCGUACGAUGCUCUAUCUCAUCAGAAGAAGCUACGCCUACAUCUACUCGUUGAUGAUUUCGUCAGAGCCCGUUUCCGAAGCCUUGCUGCCGAUCUACAACCAGCUCCAAACACUCAAGCGAUGUCUCAUCGAGGUCAAGAACAGCGGCGGUGUGCAGUCCGUGAGAGAGCUAUACCCUUACAGCAUGAAGCUGCACUCGAUCGACAACAUGCGCCAAGAUGGCAAAUUCAUGAUCAACGACGAUAUCCCGGAAGGGCAGGGCAGUGUAACGGAGCUUCUUGCUGAAUGCUUCGAGCUCAACUAUGAGCUCAGAGUCGCUGCUGAAGAGCAAGCCGAGGCUUGA